AUGUUAUCAAGAGCUAGUAAGAGUUUUAUUUUAGUACUAUUUAGUAUUAUCACAUGUUUUGUGGUCUUGUCUAGUUCUUCAAUCUUAUAUGUUGAUAAGAGUUCGAUUAUUGGAACAGGAUCACCGUGUGGAGAGAAACUCAACCCGUGCCCAUCAAUCAAAGAUGGAAUAUCACAACUCAACAACCAAGUACCAAACACAAUCAUCGUUAGCCCUGGCGUCUAUGACGGCCCUUCAAACAGAGAAGUCACCAUUUUAAAUUUUGUAGAUUUGGAGAUUAGGAACCAAGGAGACGAACAAUUGAUCGAGGUAGAUUGCCAAACUGUAUCUUUUGGAUUUGAUGUUCAAAACUCGACUCUGAGAAUGUCCUCUUUUGUUUUUAACAAUUGUUAUGGUAUUUUCGGAGCAGCCAUCUUUUCUAGACAUUCCUAUCUAAGUUUGACCCAAACAAGCUUUUACCAAGGAAAAGCCCAUCUCGGUGCUGCCAUUUAUAUGACCUCGAAUCCACCCACUCCAAACACCCAGAGAAGCUAUCUCAUGUGCCAUGGGUGCUACUUUUCAGGAAACCAUCCAAUCAGCGGGGGAGGUGCCAUUUACAUGGAGAACUCCAAUGCCAUCAUCUCUAGCUCUACCAUCAAAUGUAACUCUGCAUCAACUGCUGUCGAUGUCCAGGCCGUAUCAUCUGAUAUCUUGUUCAAAAACGCUACCAUUAGCUCUGCCGCCUUUCUUUGCACUGGUGACUCGUCCGUCGUCCAAGCUGGAACAAUGACCAGUCUAUGCUCCCAGAACUCUGCCUGUGAUUUUUCCCAAGGAGAUACCUUCUCAUGGAACGAAAAAGCUGUUUUGCAACAAUGCAACAACGAUGGCACCUGCCAAGGAAAUGAAAACUGUUUAGGUUGUCCUCAAGAUUGCCCAAGUUGCAGUUUUUCUGGAACCAGAUUCGACCUUCUUGAUUGUGGUAGUGGUAUUUGUACCAUUGAACCUACCUAUCCAAUAUCUUUAAAUCAAUUCAAAUUACAUCACUUGUAUACAUCAAAAAAACAAACAGGUACUAUAAUGGGUUUCUUUAAGGUAGAGCAAAGCUCUCAAUAUGUACUAGAAGCUAUUGGGUCCAAUUUAGGUGUGAACGUUUUUUUAAACCACAUUGAUGUCAUCCAAUCAAGUUUUCUUCAAACCUCAUUCAACCAAACCUUUCAAGUUCGAGUCCAAGCCAAUGUAAUCAAUGUUUUAAAAGUUGUUUUUUAUACUUCAAGCACCGACUCCCAUUCUAAUUUAACCAUUUCCCUUUUCGAAAACGGAAAAAACAUAUUAAAACCUUUCUUUUCUCAAAAUGUUUGUGGAGACGGAAUUAAUGAUCCAAAUGAAAAGAAAUGUGACAUUGGAGGAAUUAAAAAAGACUUCCCUGUCUGUGGUGAUGGAACAUGUAACGAGCCCAAAGAAUCUUGCUUGAUCGAUUGCUACAACGUCAUUGGUACAAUGUGCGACGCUCAGCUUCCUCCCGUUCCAACUCCAGUGCCACAAAAGGACACCGUUGGUUAUCUUCUCAAUAACCAAAGACUGUUUUCUUUACCAGGUUUAAACCAUCUUGCCCAUGGAUUGGAUUUACUGACUGGAGAAGAGUUGCCAAGUUACGUAUUUGACAAUGGCUAUUGUGACAACAACACUUUUGUUUUAAUACAAAAUAUGUACAGACUACGAGUCCACUCCAUUCCACCAGAAUACAACGCCGAAAUCAGUCCAGAGUGCUCCUUUGACCUUACAUCCAGAGUUUUUGAAUCCUCCAAGGCUUACAAGGAAGAUAAAACAAGUCAAUCCGAGAUCAGUGUCUCUGCCACAGUAUCUGGAAAAUACUCGUAUAUUUCUGCAUCUUUUUCGGCAGCUUACAGUCAGAGUGAGUCUGUCAGUAUUGCCAAGAAUAUGGAAAGCAUGAAGGGAGGAAAGACUGUCUCUACCAAGUCAAACUGCAUCACCUCAACAGUCUCAAGAAACUCGGUUCGGUUCCACAAAGAUUUUGUGUUUGACAUCUCUGAUAUUAUCAGCCCAGAUGUUAUGGCAAAAUUUAUUGAAAAAUACGGUGUAUUUUAUUAUAAAUCUGCUGUCCUGGGAGGGUCCCUUGAAACGAUUAUCAAUGUAAAAACCUCCAAGCUGGCCUCUGGAAACUCUGGAACAAUCGAAAAGAGUGCCGAAAUCUCAUUCUCUGGUAGUAUAUCCGCCCCCAUCGGACAAGUGUCUGCAGAUUAUUCAAAGUCAAUGGACUCUUCGGUAACCGAAGAAUCACAAAAAGAGUUUAGCGAUUCUUCCACAUCCAGCCAUGUCAUUGUAAAAGGAGGACGUGUUGGUAGCUUUGGUCCAGAUUACUCAACCCCAAAUAAUUUUGAUCAAUGUGUUAGAUUUUUACAUUUAUUAAUAUUAUUUCUAUUUGUAGGAGAUUGGUCUCAGAGUGUAGAUCUCAGUCCAGUGCCAAUCGAUUAUACUCUUGGUCUCAUCGGAGACAUCAUCCCAGAGACUUGGUUGACCAAAGAGAGAAACACCUCAAAGACUAUGAAGAAUCUAUGGUUCCAAGGUUAUCAAUACUACCUUGGCCUUGAACCAUCAUCAGGAACCCUUACAAUGUUUUUUAUGUACUCGGUGGAGCAAAGCAAACUCAACAUCACUUUGACUCAAAGUGAUAGAAUUGCCUUGAGCAAUUUGACCAUCACCUUUUACAGCCCAGACAACAAAACCUCGGAGAUGUUUAUGGUCAGUCUUCCAUCAGUUGGCUGUACCAAAGACGGAUGCAUGACAGAGUUCAUAUUCAAAAUCAACUCCACUUGGGAGUUGGCAUACGUCACCGUGGUCAACGGUUCAAACUCGAAUCUAUUUGACGGGUUCAAUAAUUAUGUGGAUGAACUCAUUGUCAAAACAGACAUUGAUGGUAAAACCCGUGGAUACCUUUUCCAUCCUCUCUCCACUGGAACAAAACAAGGACAAGUAAGGUAUCUCCCUGUUGGUAUUCCUGAAUCAAUCUCUAAUUGCCAAGCAACGAUCUCGUUUAUUGAAGACCAAAUCACAGGAGGACUAGUCACCUGUCUCCAAUAUAGCUCUGCCAGUGGGUAUAAUGUGACGGCACCCAUUUUCCCCGGUCGUACCCCAAAAUUGUUUGUAGCUGACAUUUUAGGACUCCAAACUUUCGACAUGCCCUACACCAUGACAUCAAAUGCCAAAACUCUCCAACCUAUUAGAGCCUCGUAUGAAUUUGGAAACCGUUACACCGUCUACCACACCUACUCUGGACCAUCCAACAACACAAAACUUUUCAGCAAAGAAGUCUGCUCAACAAUUUCAGGAAGCCACGGAGCUUUCUCCAUUCCAUCCCCAGAUGUUGAAACUAUGACAGAACAAGGAUACACCAUCAAAAAGACCAAACACAAACUGGAUUUCUUUGUUGGGAAGGUCUACGGUUUUCAAGUUAGACAAAACCCGUAUCUCUUGGAAACUCAAGACCAAAGCACUUCGGUCAAUCAAGGGAUUGAUUAUCACUCCUCUAUUUCCCAGUCUUUGCCUCCAAUCCAAAUAUACAAUUUCUCAGACCCAGUGAUCAUAUUGUGGAAUUGCCCAAAUGAUCCUGAUGACCCUAUUUCACAACUUUGCAACACAGAGCCCUCUUCUCUUGGGUAUGUUAAUAUAUAUGUAGGAGCAACCCAUAGGCUAUUGGCAAACCAAGACUCGAUCAUGGUUUUCAAUUUUGACAAACCUACUUCUACAGAACCAGGACCGAGCAGUAACGAUGUAGAUCCCUUAUAA